AUGGCAGAUAAUUAUGCAGUAAUUAGAAACUCAAUCUUUGAUGGGACAAAUUAUGCAUUUUGGAGCAUCAAGAUGGAAGCCUACUUGAAUGCACUUGGUUAUGAUGUUUGGAAAUCUGUGGUAGAUGGCUACUCACCUCCAUCUAAUCCUCCAACAGACCAAGCAGGAAAGAAGAAAAGUGAGAAUAAUGCCAAAGCCAAACAUGCUCUUCUGUGUAGCCUUGCAGAUUCUGAGUUCACAAAGGUCGUGCAUUUCAAAUCAGCCAAAGAGAUAUGGAAUAAAUUGAAAGGUAUUUAUGAAGGGGAUGAGAAAGUAAAAGAGGCCAAACUACAAUCACAUAGAACAAAAUUUGAAAGCCUUAAAAUGAAGGAAGAUGAAGACAUAGCCACUUAUUUUCUAUGUGUGGAUGAAAUUGUGAAUGCAAUCAGAGGACUAGGAGAAGAUAUUGAAGAAAAGGUCCUUGUUCUAAAAUUGAUAAGAUCCUUGAUAAUGAAAUUUGACUCCAAGAUAUCAACAAUAGAAGAAAUGAAGGAUUUGGAAAAGUUAGCAAAAGAUGAAUUGCAUGGGAUUCUCACAGCCUAUGAAAUGAGAGUUGAACACAAACCAUCACAAAAGGAGGUAUCCUUCAAAGCAUCAAAGAAGGGUAAGAAUAAAAAUUAUGUACCAAAUGAAAGUGCAAGUAGUAAAUCAGAUGAGGCAGAAGCUUGCUUCAUGAGAAAGUUCAAAAAGGGUAAAGGCAAAUUCCCAUUCAAAUGCUUCAAUUGUGGCAAGGUUGGGCACUAUGCUUCAAAGUGUCCCCAAAAUGAAAGUGAAAAUAGUGAAGAGGAGAAGAAAAACUAUUCAAAGAAGAAAGGAAAGAAAUCCUUCAAGAAGAACUUUUCAAAACAUAAGAAGAGCUUCUACUCUAGGCAAAGAUCUAGUUCAUCAGAAGAAAACUUUGAAGAUUCUACCAGCAGUGAUGGUGAAGAGAUCCUCUUCAUGGCAAUGAAAGUUGAAGAUGAUGAAGAUGAGAAAGAAGCAGAACAAGAAGUUACUUGUGAUGAAGAAGACGUAAAUCUUGAAGAGGAGUUACAUUAUGCAUAUAAACAAAAUGAAAAGCUAAAAAGAAGGGUCUCAAAGUAUAAGACACAAUGA